AUGAUGCACGAUCCAUUUAUUUGCUCCACCUCGAAAGCCAAGUUAGAUGCCUUCAGAUACGCUCCCAAGGCGACGGAGAUGGAGAUGGAGGAGCUACUAGAACGCCCGACUCAAGAAGCAGAGAGAGAGGACGAAGAUGAGAAGAAACAAGAGACCCGGCCAAUGCCAUGUCCAGAGACGCCCGUACACAAGAUACCACUCGCAGACAUGAUAAGCAACACUGAAGACGCGCUCAACAACGCCCCCGAGAAGGUGAUUACACCUGGAGACCAUGUCUUCUGGGACCAUGGUGGCUCAUUUUUACGCUCGACACCAAACACUGCCAGGAAGAAGCGCAAUCGCAGCCUGUCACCUGCCAGCUCGCCCUCUUAUAUUACUAAGGAUGGCUCUUUUACUACUAUGUUCACCCUCGAGAAGGUGGUGCCGACUACGCCUCUACAUGAUGACGCCGCAGACCUCUGGACCAGGUAUGUCAGCAAAGCCGAUGGUCUGCCAGCAGAGUGUAAUAUGCCUUCCUCCCCGCGCACACCGGGACUGACGGGAAGUGCAAGGAAGGCCUGUCUGCGCAGGGCAAACAGCUGUGCUAUUGAUUGGCCCAAGUCGGCUACCAGGGGGAAACGGUCGAUGGACUGGCUGGGUUCUCAUAGGCGGCUUCGGCGUCCUCUUACCUCCGAGGAAGGCGAGCCAGGCCCGUUCGGCAACUCGAGGAUCAACAUGCUUGUCGAUAGGAUACAGGAGUCCCUUCUCAAGUCAAAUACUACCAACACUACUGCUGCUACUGCUCCUCCGAGUUCAUCACCACUGCCUGAUGGACCUGAUAUACAGCAAGCUAAACGCUUGAGGUUUACCACAGAAUCUCCGUCCAAGCCUGCUGCCGUGCGCAGAGGGCAGUUAGACGUACUCCCGCCACAGAACAAGGAUCCAGAGUCGUCGGACUACGGCGACGACGACCAGGACCAGGAAUUCUUCGAACUCGCGGCGGCCUCGACGAACGAGGCCUUCUCCACACAGAACCGCAAUAAUACAAAUACCACUUUACGACCUGAUACAGAUACCAAUUAUGAUACGUUCUCACAGCUAGCCAAGAACAUGAGUGAUGAUUCUGAUGAUUUCGAUAAUGACGACUAUGAUGGUAUGGAUGAGAUUAUAGCUUCAUAUAACAAAAAUAUCCCUACACCCGCAACUACUACUACGACUACAGCCACAAUAACGAACCAACCGCCUAUCACCCCACAGAAAGGUAGGGUGAAAAAUAUGGUAUCUGAGGGUGAACUGGAAGGAAUAAUGGAACUGGAUGCGUUUGAUUCCUCUACUGAUGACACUGAUUGCAUGCUUACCCUUAUCAAGCCUAGUCAAACCCCUCAGGCUAUUAAGCGCUAUCUUGUCAUUGAUUUAGCCGAGAAUACAUAUACCAAUCCAAAGGGACGCACUCAAUGGGAGAAAGUACUGGUCGUCUGUGAGGACAAGAAGAAGAAAACCCGCGCCAUCACCCUACGCGACUCAUGGUUCGAUUCUGCUGUCUCCAAAGACUCCUACAUUCAUCUCAUAGGCACAUUCAACCGCAAUGGCCAGUGUCUCGUGGAUGAUUCUUCUAACCACGCCAUCAUCAUCGACCCAGACCACCUCAUCUCCGCUACUGUGGUAGCAGACUCCUUCACUUGUCCUCGCCGCGCUGUGCUCCAGGACCGGGUCAAGGCUACCAGCGACGCCAACAAGCCCCAGGUCUACGGCCAUAUCCUACACGAGAUCUUCCAGGAGGCAAUGAAGGCUAAUAAUUGGGGCCUUUCUUGGUUGAAGAAGCUCAUUGAUACCAUCUUACCAAAGUAUAUAGAAAGCCUCUUUGAAGUGAACGUCAGUAUCAAUGAUGCUGCCAACUACCUCGAGACUAAGAUGCCUGCUCUCAGAGAGUGGGCGAAAUUAUACGUCCAUCCUCAUCCAACCGCUGGCUCGAUGAUGGAUGAUAGAAAUGGCGCAAUGUCCAAGAUCUGUAUCAACAAACUGCUCGAGGUUGAAGAGCAUGUGUGGUCUCCGAUGUAUGGAUUGAAGGGCAAUAUCGAUGCCACUGUCCAAAUCGUCCUGGAGGAAGAAGGAGAGCAAAAAACGCUCACCGUGCCAUUAGAAGUUAAGACGGGGAAGAAUAAUGCGAAUCAUUCACACCGCGCCCAAACAGCAUUAUAUUCGUUGCUUCUUUCUGACCGUUACGGUAUAUCAAUUUACAUUCCCUUAUCCCAACUGCACCUUGUGGUAUACACUAACACAUUUAUAGAUAUAAACGUAACAUUUGGAAUAUUAUACUACUUGGAACUCUCAAAGACUCUUCGUGUCCGUGCCAUACCAAAUGAAAUCCGGCAGAUGAUCCAACAACGAAAUCUACUCGCUGGUUAUCUCCGUCAACGGUUCGAACUUCCCCCUAUGCUUAAAAACUCCCGACUUUGCAGCCCUUGCUACGCAAAGUCGACGUGUUUUCUAUAUCACAAGCUCGUGGACGACGGCACAGAGGAAACGAGCGGCGUAGGCAAGCUUUUCCAAGAAACAUCCGGCCACCUCACCGCUCCCCAUCAAGGGUUUUUCAAGAAAUGGGAUGACCUACUGACGCUGGAGGAGAAGGAAAUGUCGAAGUUCCGACGUGAGCUAUGGACCAUGGUUAGUGCUGAGCGUGAGGGUGUAGGACGAUGUUUCGGCAACGUCAUUAUUGAGAAUGGAUCUGCUAUUGAAAAUUCAGAAGGGCAAAAAAUAAAUCGGUUCCAAUAUACGUUUGUUAAGCCCAGAUCUGUUUCGGGUUUUUCAUUCACAGAGUCGCAGAUCAAUGUUGGUGAGCCGAUCGUUGUCUCUGAUGAACAGGGCCAUUUCGCUCUUGCGAAUGGGUAUGUGGUGCAAAUCAGCCCUAGACGCAUCACAGUGGCGGUUGAUAGACGGCUUCAUAAUGCUCGAAAUAAAGAGGCUGGAUUCGAUGCUGUUAGCAAUCAGACCUUCCAGGGUAUCAUGGAUAUCUCGUCAGGGAAUAGGAAUGCCAUGAACAUGGACCAUCGCACGGAGAACCCAAUGCUCUACAGACUGGACAAGGACGAAUUCAGCAAUGGCCUGGCCAUAGUUCGAAAUAAUCUAGUCUCACUAAUGGCACGGGACGUCUUUCAAUCGGCUCGUCUUCGUGAAUUGAUAGUCGAGGGCGCCGCUCCGGUAUUCAAGCCUGGCUCACCCAUUUCUCGCCUCCCAGAGGCGGUGGGACCUAAUCUAAACAUGGACCAGAAAAUGGCCAUUGGCAAAGUGCUAAGUGCAAAUGACUAUGCAUUGGUUCUUGGUAUGCCAGGAACUGGUAAAACGACGACAAUAGCUCAGAUUAUUCGUGCCUUGGUAUCUCAGGGGAAAAGCGUCUUGCUGACCUCCUACACCCACACGGCCGUUGAUAACAUCUUGCUCAAAAUCCGAGAUGAUAAGUUUAGAAUUCUUCGUCUCGGGACACCGUCGAAAAUACACCCUGAAGUCCAGCAGUUUGCCGAAUUGGCAGCAACGCCUAAGAAUACAAUUGAAGAACUUGAAGACGUAUAUGAGAAUUCAAAGGUAGUGGCCACAACGUGUCUAGGAGUUAACCAUCGAAUCUUCAAUACCCGGACAUUCGACUACUGUAUCGUCGAUGAAGCCUCGCAGAUAACAUUGCCUGUUUGCCUGGGACCGAUUCGCAUGGCUAAAACGUUCAUCUUGGUAGGAGACCACUACCAACUACCGCCUCUUGUUCAAAGCAAACAAGCUAUAGAAGGCGGCCUUGACCACAGCUUGUUCAAGCUGCUUUGCGACAUGCACCCAUCGUCGGUAGUCAACCUAGAGCACCAAUACCGCAUGUGUGAAGAGAUCAUGCUCCUUUCAAAUACCCUCAUAUACUCCAAUCAUCUCAAAUGCGGAACACCAGCCAUCGCAACCCGUUCACUUUCCAUUCCAAACAUAAACGGCCUCAAACGCAUCCAUCCAACUUCCUUCCCUUCCUCCACCGCCAAAUCUCGCUGCCUGGGCUCAAGUCACGGCCGAUGCUGGCUCCGCGAACUCGUUGACCCUCGUACAAAAACCCGCUUCAUAAACACCGACUCCCUUCGUCCUGAGGCCCUAGACUCCGCAAAGGGUUCCCGCAUAAUCAAUGAGGUUGAAGCUACCCUCUGCGCUCAGCUUGUCGAGGCAUUUAUCGCCGUUGGUAUUGCAGCACAAGAUAUUGGCGUCGUUACGCUCUACAGAAGCCAGCUCUCCCUUUUAAAACAAAAGCUCCGCCAUCACGGUCCAAAUCUUGAAAUGCACACCGCAGACCGUUUCCAGGGCCGUGAUAAAGAAGUGAUUAUCAUGAGCUGUGUCCGCAGCAACUCAGACCGAAAUGUAGGCGAUUUACUCCGCGACUGGCGUCGAGUCAACGUCGCAUUUACCCGGGCAAGAACCAAAAUGCUCAUCGUCGGCAGCAAAGCUACCCUCAGCGAAGGGAACGAGCUACUAGGCAAAUUCACGAAGCUCAUGGAUGAGCAUCAAUGGCGGUUCGAUCUACCGCCGAACGCUGUGAGCCAGCAUGUGUUUGCAGAGCACGAUUUACUCUUCACCCAGGCAAUGGGCGACAAGAGUCCAAUGGCAGACAAAUUCGCAAAUACCUUAUCUCCUAGCCCUACAAAGAAACAGCCUCAGGCUCGACUUCCACUUAGCCCGUUGAAGAAUAAAGCGGGUACUCUCCCUAAGCCUACACAAGGCAUGAAGAAACCACAAAAAGUAGGACAGCCACUUAAUGGGGAGAGGAUCAUAAGAAAAAGGCCAGUGCUGAUGGAUGUUCUUAAUGAUAUGCUUGGAUGA